GUCCACACCUUGACUAUUUCACCAAAAUACUUGCUAUCCUCUACCAAAUUUUAGACAGAUAAAAAGAAAUCAUCAAACUUUUUGUCUUUUGGGUUGGAAUAGGCACAUAGUACGUAGGAGCAUUCUUACUCCUUUUAUAAGCCGCCCUUCGCCACCUCUGUUUUCACAUACCAGCUCUGGCUUAAUAAACUCUCCUCUGCUUAGUCUCAUCUUCUUGGUAGCUCUUUUUUCACAACGUCUUAUAAUAAGCAAAUAGAGAUACAUAUAUAUCAUCAUGAGCUCAAUGUCAUCUCAACAUGGGUCUCCAGGAUCAUGGACAGCAAAACAGAACAAGGCGUUUGAGAAGGCACUGGCAGUGUACGACAAAGAGACUCGUGAUCGUUGGUCCAAUGUUUCCAAAGCAGUUGGUGGCAAGACUGCCGAAGAGGUGAAGCGACACUAUGAAAUCCUUUUGCGUGAUGUUUUCUAUAUUGAGACUGGUAGGGUGCCCUUCCCCAACUACAAGACUACUGGAGGAAGCCAUAAUUCCACCUCUGACUAACAUUUUUUUUAUUAAAGGAUGCAAAACCUAACACUUCAUUGAAGCAGCCAACGUCAAUAAGCAGAUAGAAAAGUGCAAAUCCUUUGCCUUCGAUCCUGCCUUCUUAAAUAUUUAAUUCAAGUUAUAUAUUUAAUUUCUUCGUCCAUUUAAUUUUAAACACUGCUAUGUUGAGUCUAUAUAAAUUACCUACUGAAGGAAUCAUUUGAAUUCUGUCUGCUCUUGUACUCGUGUCCUGAAAUAUUAAUUAAUAUUGUUCCUCAUAAUGAACGUGUAUUAAUAUUGUUCCUCAUAAUGAAACGUGUAUAUGACUUCAUGUCUGCACUACUUGUUAUAA